AUGGGGUCAGGUAAGACAUUUAACCUCAUUCGUCAUAUACUCAUAACAGAACGUUUAGGAAAUGACUCAUAUUAUGACCAAAUCAUUAUAUCAGCAACUUCAGACUCUAUGGACUCAACAGCGAAAACAUUUAUGUCAAAAGUUCAAGCCUCUGUCGUUAAAGUUCCAGAUAGCGAACUCAUUGAAUUUCUUCAACGUUACAUUCGACGUAAGAGGAAAUAUUAUGCCAUCGUUGAAUUUAUACAGUCAGGAAUGCAAAAGACUUCAGAAGAGAUGGAAAGAAUUAUUGACAAACACCACUUACGUCAAUACUCAGGAGUUUACGAUAUGAAACGACUUACAAACUACAUUCUAUCAAAACUUUCAAAAAUACCCCUUCAAAAAGUAUCCUUCAAACACUCUGCUCGUUUUGCGACGACUUCGCCGGAAAAGGUUUAG